CUUUUAUACAGAUGCGACCCCGCACUUCUUCCUUCCUAGCGAGCGAGCGCCAGCCGGAGAAGUGGAAGACCAAACUGCACCAUGUCAGAGAACACAUACGACGUGAUAGUCAUCGGGGGAGGCAUUUCAGGCCUGUCUGCAGCCAAGCUUCUGCUGGAUCAGGGCCUCAGUCCAGUGGUGCUGGAGGCCAGAGACAGAGUGGGAGGCAGGACCUUCACUGUCAGGAACAAGGAGACCAAAUGGGUGGAUCUGGGAGGGGCCUACAUUGGGCCGACACAGAACCGCAUCCUGAGGCUAGCCAAGCAGUACGGAGUGCAGACCUACAAGGUCAACGAGGAGGAGAGUCUGGUGCACUAUGUCAAGGCCAAGUAUGUGAUCCUGGCCAUCCCGCCGCUGCUGAACAUGAAGAUCCACUUCACUCCAGAGCUGCCUCCCCUCCGCAACCAGCUCAUCACCAGGGUGCCCAUGGGCUCCGUCAUCAAGUGCAUGGUCUACUACAGAGAGAACUUCUGGAGGAAGAAAGGUUACUGUGGCACCUUGGUAAUCGAGGAUGAAGAUGCUCCUAUCGGACUCACCCUGGACGACACCAAACCCGAUGGCAGCAUGCCUUGCAUCAUGGGGUUCAUCCUGUCACGGAAAUGCAGGAGACUGUGUGAACUGACUAAAGAAGAGAGGUUAAAGAAGAUCUGUGACAUCUACGCUAAAGUGCUUGGCACAGAAGAGGCUUUGCAUCCUGCCCACUACGAGGAGAAGAACUGGUGUGAGGAGGAGUACUCUGGAGGCUGCUACACGGCCUACUACCCCCCAGGCAUCCUCACCCAAUACGGCAGGGUCCUGCGUGAGCCGGUGGAGAGGCUUUACUUUGCGGGUACGGAGACGGCUACAGAGUGGAGUGGCUACAUGGAGGGAGCCGUACAGGCAGGGGAGAGGGCGGCCAGGGAGAUCAUGUGUGCGAUGGGUAAGAUCAGCCCUAGUCAGAUCUGGCAGCCAGAGCCUGAAUCCAAGGACGUCCCCGCGCUGCCUUUCGUCGAGACCUUCUGGGAGCGGAACCUGCCCUCGGUCAGCGGAUUCUUCCGGUUCCUUGGCGUGUCUACCGUGCUGUCCAUCCUGACGGCGACGGGGGUGGUAGCCUACAAGAAGGGACUGAUCCCCCGCAGCUAAAACGCGAACGCCGCCAAUCUAUCUAAACCCUUCCUCUUAAAUUGCCAUCCUCACCAUCAUCAUCAUCAUCACCCCAACCGAUCACCUCCUCUCCUCUCUUCUGUCGUCCGUCCCACCCUCCUCUUGUGAAGACUGUUCUGCAGCUCUGUUCCGAGUCCCAUCUGUUUCACCUGCUGCGCUGCACAGCAAGAGAUGGUGCCGCAGUCUCGGGGGACAGGUCUCGCCAAACGCGUUGAUUCAACAUGAUUAACUCGCUUCUGUACUGUAAUGGUGACAGGGUGUAAUUGUGGGUUAAAUUAUAAUGAUCGAAGAAAUCUUUUGAACCGCAGGGUUGGAUUAAGGUCCAAAGCGCCGAUUCAGCAGCAGCAGUAGCAGCGUUGACAAAAGAGAUGAUUUGUUAGUAAUUUAUCAUGUGGUUUUGAUGGUUUGUAAUAGCGUCUGGGUAAAUACAAAGGUCGUUGAUAUACUGUAUGGUGAAGCAUGUGCCAGAUCUCAUUUCAUUCUUUCAAAGAGGAAAACAUAGGGACCCUAUCACACUUGACAUUCCUUCAUAUCGUCAUAAUAAUCCACUAGCACCCGUGCAUUGACUGUGCGGGGGGAUAGUCCAAGUUGAUAACAGUUCUCAAAUUUCAUGUUGUACGUAUCUGUGUGUAUUCGUGUGCACACAAAAAAAUACACUUGUCGUGGACAGGGUAUGGAUGUGAACGUGUGCAAAUGCAGGCGCACAUGUGUUUAAGUGUGUGUGUGUGUGUGUGUGUGUGUGUGUGUGUGUGUGUGUGUGUGUGUGUGUGUGUGUGUGUGUGUGUGUGUGAGAGAGAGAUUGUCUUUAAUAGUAUAAUGGAUUACCUCUUCUGAAUUAGGUGCUGUACAUCCCAUGGCUGACGAUCAGCAGUUUUGUCUGAACGCUGUAAAGCUGUUGUGUAAAGUAAGCAUAACCACACAGACUGACCUAGAAAAGCAAAAUGCAGUAACUAACAUUGUACCUAAGAAAAAAAGAGCUCCAAUGAUUUUGUCCAAAUCAAACAUGCUAUAGGUAUAAUACCGAAGGCAAGACUUGCGGUGAAAGACAGUAUUUUGUCACAAGAUGAAAAGCCAUGUGAUAAACUCGAUUUCCAAUAAGUGUGUGCUCACUGCUCCCCCUUUUGGCUUUUCAAACCGCUCACUAUAAAGAAAAUUUAAGAUUUUGCCAUGUGUUUUAUAAGACUCCUCCAUCCAGAAAUGUUGAAGCAUCUGAAUGUAUUUUUUUGUUUAUUUUUCAUUAUUUUUUAAAUGUUGCAUUUUAUCAGAUUUUUGUAAAUCAUAGCUUAUGGUGAUUUGUUGUGAUUUUAUGUGUUUGAGAUGUGUGCGUGGCAACCCAAAACAUACACAGUAAGAAAUGCAGUGUUAAUUCAACACUCAAAGAGUCAAUUUAACACAUUCUAGUGUGUAUUUUCUCCCAGAGUACUCUUUAAGUGUUGAAUUAACAGCUAGCUUGUGGUGAACUGACAUCAGCGGUUUGGAGACCUGAAGACCAAACUGAUAAUACUGUAUAAAAGUUGUAAAGCAGCAGAAAAAUUGCUUUUUUCACAAGUACAGUCAUUUUAGAGUGGUCCAGUAGGGGAUACCUACUGGAAGGGAGUCCACAACCCCAACCCUUUGAUGCCAAGAGCAAUUCCCUAACAAUUACUGCAGGUCCCAGCUGUACCACAACAGUGGUGAUAUACCAACCAAGAAAUAUUAAUAUCCGUCCUUUUGUGCUACCAACAGACAUUGUGGUUUUUAUUGUGUAUCCAUCAUCAUUAAUUAAUGUCACUUUGCUUUUUAUCAUAUUUGUCCCCGUUGACCACUAUCAGUAAUUCCUAGAUUGAUUGGAUGAGAUUUUAAUGGACUGUGUGCUGUACAGCCCAUUAAAAGUAGUAGUAGUAUAAGUGACACCAUAUAUUUUUUUUAUCCAAACUUUUUUAAACAUUUCACAAGUAAAAGGGAAAAACAAUCUGUCAGGUGUGCCAUGCACGAUUUUGAUGACGGCCAAUUACUAACGUAUAAAAGUUUCAUGCCAAAGGUUAGAUAGUUAUUACGUUUAGAAAUGGCUGCCGCUUCUGUAUAGCCUCGAUGGUAUUACCAAGUCCACCAUUGUCUUCAAACCCAGAAAAUGUUUUCAUUUCUAAGCUGCCAACUAUUUAAUUGUUAUAUGUACAAGAGCAUACAUGACAGGAGGAGGAAGUAUAUACAGAGUGAUUAUAUCGAAGCAGUGUAUAUCAAAUAUGUAUAGAGAGAUACGUAUGUAUGUACAGAUGUUUAUUAUUAUGUUUAUACAUUUGUCAGUGAUUGGAUUAAAUGAAGUGAUUUGAGUUGUGCAGUAGCCCACCAACCCCUGUGAGUGUGCGUGUGUGUGUGUGUGCGUGUGUGUGUGUGUGUGUGUAUGUGUGUGUGUGUGUGUGUGUGUGUGUGUGUGUGUGUGUGUGUGUGAAAUGUAAGUGGCUUGUGAAAAUGAAGUCCCAAAGAGAUACUGUGUAUGCGCAUAGUACAUUUUGAGGAGUUAAUUCAACAUUACGAGAUUGGAAUUAGACACUUACUGUGCUUCUAGUCCGCCGUAACUCUAUAGGCGUUCAAUAAACACUGAAAAAAUUAACUUUGUGGGAGUGAGAGUAUGUGUACGUAUGCAUGUGGGUAGCUUCUCUGUGUAUGUACAGUAGUCUGUGGUGCCUUAAUCUAAUUAUUAAUGGUGGUGUUUUCUUCUCAAGUGCCUCUGUAAUGUGUGUGCCGAUGUCGCUUUCCUUCUACAGACAUCUCUCCAUUUCUUUUUCUCCUUUCGUCUUUACUUUCUGCCAAAAUCAGUAUGCUGAUGUCAGAUUGUGGAAUCUGGGUCUGGUCUUUGUGGACAAAAAAAAAGGUGAUGUACUGAAGGGUUUUAUUUGUUGGUGUUCAACUGUUGUUUGUUCGUUCACCUCUCUGAUCAAACUAAUCUACCCAUGCUAUCCUGCUCACCUGAUGGAGUUAUUUUGGGGGAAUAUAGUAUGUGUAUGGAGUGUCAUGUAUAGGAUGCACUGUAACACCAAGAUCGUAGCCUACUGAACUAUAAUUAUGUGAAUGAGGGGGGUCAAGCCAUUACUAUUCAUUUGUCAGGAUCUCAUAGGCUGGACUCUUCUGCCACCUGCUGGUCAUGAGGGUGAACAGCAUAUUUCCACCAGUUUGUUAGUAUGUGUAUUGAGGGGGUGUUCGCGUCUGUAAGUCGAUUUGUGCUUGCAAAUGUUUAUGUAUGAAUGCAUAAAAACAGAGUUAAGACCCCUCUAUCUUGUGAUCCGGCUUCCUGCCCUGGUGUUUACCUAAAUAGCCAUCUUUGUACUCCUUCCUUCAGAUGAGAGAGAAAAAAAAAUCAGUCUUGCCCCCCUUUCCUCCACUCCAAAAUCAAAGUUCUGUGUGUAAAUCUGUGUGAAGUUGUUGUCCCGUAAGUGCAUUCUCUGAUCUCUUUGUAUGAAGAUGUCGACAACAGAAAUGGCACCUGGUAAAUAAAAAGCAAAAUGUGAAACAA